AUGGAUUAAAAAUCUAUGAAAACUACAAUACUUAUGGAAAAAGCUGUAGAUAUACUUAAUCUAAAUGAUGCUUAUAAAUUGAGUAUCUCUAAUUCAAUUUAGGAUAGAUUAACAUUAUUAGCUAAUUAAAAUUUAAGGAGAAAUAAAUGA